UUCGACAGAAUCCAACUCUGACUGUCUAGCUAUCAACUAGCUUCUCCAGUGCGAUGGUGAUUGAGCCGUUUACCUCCAGAACUGCAUCCCACUAAAUCAGAUAGGGUCGAAACUCAGCAAGAACUCCUCAAGAGCCAAGCAUGCAUACAAAGAUUUGUGGAAAUCGGACCUCGUACUAUUCUCUCCACAAUGGCGAAGAAAUCCGCCUCCAUACACACCAAGUUACAUUCCUCGUCAGCAUUACCGAAGAUAGACUUCUUGUCCUAUCAGGAUGACUAUCCUCGACUUUCGUACCAAUACUCCGUGCAAAAUUUUAAGAAUCCAACUGCUGUCGGAGCUUCGUCUGAUGGUAUCGUACCAGCUCCGCAUAUUCAUCCCCCAAGUCCUCCAGAGCAAUCUCGGUCACAAUCAAGCGACUUACGCCCUAGGUCCAUCCCGAGCGAGAACCUCUCACUCACGGCUACUCAUAUUGUUCUCGCUAUAACUUCCCAAAAGCUUCGGCGUCCCUUCGACCAAGUUCCGGUGGACAAGAGUAUAAGAGAUCUUUCGGGAGGCGAGUUCACAAUCCCUGUGGUCCAACUUCGUAUCUAAUUAUAUAGGCAAAUCAACCUUCCAGAAUGAGCUGACUGGCGACUUGAUUGCGGAGUUCGGUCGGGUUCCCGAGGGCGUUGAGGAGCAGUCUCUUGCGAGCUUGGGACAAACCCUCCAAUCUGACUUCAAAGGUAUCCCUGGAAACUCAAUGUCGCUGUUGAUAUCCCGGUUGAUCUCCGCCAAAAUGCC